GAAGUAGAGUACGUUGAUGAGCAUGGUAACCCCGUGAAUAUCGAUGCGGAAGACGUGGAGUAUGUAGACGAGGACGGCAAUCCGGUAGACGCGCAGGGUUAUCCCUUAGAGCAGUCGGCUGAGGGUAUGAAUGUAAACCAACAGAGUAAGGAAACACCGCGUGAACAAGUGGGAGGAAUGAAUGAGGUAGAAAUAGCCUCGCGGAUGAUAGACUCGCACCAGAGCGAUCAGACAGCAAGCAACAGCAGUAUACAUAACACCAUGGACAAUAUGAGCCACAACAGCAUACAUACCAACACCAUGGAUAAUAUAAGCCACAACAGCAUACAUAACAACACCAUGGAUAAUAUCAGUCACAGCAGUGGCACUCGAAUAAGCAAUCCCGGCAGGGCCCAUCACUCGCCCUCAAAUAGCCGAGCCAAUACACCUGGCAGUAAGUCCCCUACCGCAAACGACCGACGGUCGCCCAUACGCCACUACAACGAUACCAACCAGGACGACAUGGGGUAUGAGAUGCGUCGGUGGGAUGACCCUGAAACCAAUUCACCCCUUACGCAAAGACGAGCACUGGUUUCUUAG